UCAGUGAAGAAAGCCAAGCUUGAUGGACCUCAAGAGAAAUUCAACACGUACGUGACACUGAAGGUGCAGAAUGUCAAGAGCACCACUAUCGCCGUGCGUGGCAGCCAGCCAUGCUGGGAGCAGGACUUCAUGUUUGAGAUCAACCGUCUGGAGCUGGGCCUGACCGUGGAGGUGUGGAACAAAGGGCUGAUCUGGGACACCAUGGUGGGCACGCUGUGGAUCCCGCUCCGCAGCAUUCGCCAGUCCAACGAGGAGGGCCCGGGGCAGUGGCUGACCUUGGACUCCCAGGUGAUCAUGGCGGAAAAUGAGAUCUGCGGCACCAAAGACCCCACGUUCCACCGCGUUCUGCUGGACACACGCUUCGAACUGCCUUUAGACAUUCCGGAGGAUGAGGCGCGCUACUGGGCCAAGAAACUGGAGCAGCUCAAUGCCAUGAGGGACCAGGAUUACGCUUACCAGGAGACACACGAGAGACCACUGCCAGUGCCGACGACUCAGUGCUGCAACUGGAGCAUCUGGGGAGACCAACAGAACGAUGACCCGGACAGUGCGCUGGACGACAGAGACAGUGACUACCGCAGCGAGACGAGCAACAGCAUCCUGCCGCCCUACUACACGACAUCGCAGCCCAACGCCUCCGUGCACCAGUACCCCCUCCGCCAAGGCUCGCGCUACCACGACACACACGAGUACGAGUACGACAAUCAGAGAGCCAUGAGCCCUACGGGCAGCAGCCGUUACGCGUCGUCGGGCGAGCUGAGCCGCGGCAGCUCCCAGCUCAGCGAGGAGUUCGGCCCCGAGGACGGCGAGAGCCUCCGCAGCCCGGAGUUCUACGACGAGAACGACUCGUACCACUCGUGCCACUCGUCCGUCAGCUACGGCAAGGAGUCGCCGGGCUGGGACCCCGAGGAGGAGGAGGAGGAGGAGGAAGGGGCGCAGCAGCGGGACGAGGCCUACAGCGACGAGGGCAGCUACGUGAAGGACGGCGGCGAAGAGGGCGCCGUGUACGACGACGACGAGGAGGUGCCCGGCGGCGGCGGAGGCUACCGCUACGAGGAGCAGGGCGAGGAGGGCUACCGCUACGAGGACGAGGAGGAGGUGCCCUACGAGGCGGAGGUGGAGAUGUACCCGCUGGACGGCGCGCUCGGCGAGGACCAGGAGCCGCCGUACACGCCCACGCCGACCGGCACGGCCCCGACGCUGACCGCCGCGGGCGACUCGCUGGCCCCGUCGUCCAGGCCGCCGCUGGAGAAGCAGGCGUCGCUCCUCCACGACCAGCCUCCGCAGGCCCAGCAGCAGCAGCAGCAGCAGCAGCAGCCCCCCUUCCACCCCGCAGGCCUCGGCCAGACCCAGAGCCAGACGACCCCGCCGCCGCCGGAGCCGUACCAGGAUGCCUUCGCCAAGACGCACGUCUCCUUCUCCUCCUCCUCCUCGCUUCAGCCGCCCGGGGCAGAGCCCCUGCCCUUUGCCCCCGUCUCCACCUCUGGCCUGCCCUCGGAGCCAGCGCUCAAGCCCCUGCCCACAGACGAGCCCUUCAUGGGCAUGGAGGAGGAUCCCCUGCCCUUCAGUGAGUCGCCCCCUACUGCUGUGCCUGACCAGACCACUACCCCACCCGAAAGCACAGAAGCCCCACCUGACAGUGCACCUGAGGAGCCUCUGGUCCCCAUGCCCAAGCGCUCCCCCAAAGAGAACUGGCUGCGGCUCUUCAGUAAGGUCCGCCUGCAGCUGCAGCAGGCCCGAGGGGAGACUACUGGGAUCCAGUCUUUAUGUAUACAGGCAGGGCUUGGUGGGGCUCUGUACAGCAUAGACAGCAUGCCAGACCUACGCAAGAGGAAAGCCAUGCCGCUUGUCAGGGACCUGUCUCUGGUACAGAACUCACGCAAGGCCGGGAUCACAUCAGCCAUGGCCUCCAGUACACUAAACAAUGAGGAACUCAAGAGCCACGUGUACAAGAAGACGCUGCAGGCUCUCAUCUACCCCAUCUCCUGCACCACGCCGCACAACUUCGAGGUGUGGACGGCCACCACGCCCACCUACUGCUACGAGUGCGAGGGCCUGCUGUGGGGUAUCGCCCGACAGGGCAUGCGCUGCACCGAGUGCGGGGUCAAGUGCCACGAGAAGUGCCAGGAACUGCUCAAUGCAGACUGUCUGCAGAGAGCUGCAGAGAAAAGCUCCAAGCACGGCGCAGAGGACCGGACCCAGAACAUCAUCAUGGUUCUCAAGGACCGCAUGAAGAUCCGCGAGCGGAACAAGCCGGAGAUCUUCGAGCUGAUUCAGGACGUGUUCGCCAUGGUCAAGUCCACCCACGUGACCCACAUGAAGCAGAUCAAGCAGAGCGUCCUCGACGGCACGUCCAAGUGGUCGGCCAAGAUCAGCAUCACAGUACUGUGUGCUCAGGGCCUUCAGGCCAAGGACAAGACAGGAUCCAGUGACCCCUACGUCACAGUGCAGGUUGGCAAGACCAAGAAGAGGACCAAGACCAUCUACGGCAACCUCAACCCUGUAUGGGAGGAGAACUUCAACUUCGAGUGCCACAACUCUUCAGAUCGCAUAAAGGUGCGGGUUUGGGACGAGGACGACGACAUCAAGUCACGAGUGAAGCAGAAGUUUAAGAGGGAGUCCGACGACUUCUUGGGUCAGACCAUCAUCGAGGUGCGGACGCUGAGCGGAGAGAUGGACGUCUGGUACAACCUCGACAAGCGUACGGACAAGUCCGCCGUGUCAGGAGCCAUCCGCAUGCACAUCAGCGUGGAGAUCAAGGGGGAGGAGACCGUGGCACCCUAUCAUGUGCAAUACACCUGCCUGCAUGAGAAUCUCUUCCACUACGUGACAGACCUCCAGAACAGCGGCGUGGUCAAGAUCCCCGACGCCAAGGGGGACGACGCCUGGAAGGUGUACUACGAGGAGACGCCACAGGAGAUUGUGGAUGAGUUUGCCAUGCGCUACGGUGUGGAGUCCAUCUAUCAGGCCAUGACACACUUCGCCUGCCUCUCGUCCAAGUACAUGUGCCCUGGUGUGCCCGCGGUGAUGAGCACGCUGCUCGCCAACAUCAACGCCUACUACGCCCACACCACCCAGGCCACCAACAACGUCUCCGCCUCAGACCGCUUCGCUGCCUCCAACUUUGGGAAAGAACGGUUUGUGAAGCUCCUGGACCAAUUGCACAAUUCCCUGAGGAUUGACCUCUCCAUGUAUCGGAACAACUUCCCUGCCAGCAGUCCUGAGAGGCUCCAGGAUCUGAAGUCCACCGUAGAUCUGCUCACCAGCAUCACAUUCUUCAGAAUGAAGGUCCAGGAGCUCCAGAGUCCCCCCAGGGCCAGCCAGGUGGUGAAGGACUGUGUCAAGGCCUGCCUCAACUCCACCUACGAGUACAUCUUCAACAACUGCCACGAGCUCUACAGCCGAGAGUACCAGACGGAUCCGGCAAAGAAAGCAGAGCUCCCCCCUGAGGAGCAAGGCCCCAGCAUCAAGAACCUGGACUUCUGGUCCAAGUUCAUCACCCUGAUCGUCUCCAUCAUUGAAGAGGAUAAGAACUCGUACACGCCCUGCCUUAACCAGUUUCCUCAGGAGCUGAAUGUGGGCAAGAUCAGUGCAGAGGUCAUGUGGAACCAGUUUGCCCAGGACAUGAGAUAUGCCAUGGAGGAGCACGAGAAGAACCGUCUGUGUAAGAGCGCCGACUACAUGAACCUGCACUUCAAAGUGAAGUGGCUGUACAACGAGUACUGCAAGGACCUGCCUUUCUUCAAGAGCCGGGUGCCAGAGUACCCAGCGUGGUUUGAGCCCUUUGUCAUCCAGUGGCUGGACGAGAACGAGGAGGUGUCCAGAGACUUCCUGCACGGUGCCCUGGAGAGGGACAAAAAGGACGGGUUCCAGGUGACGUCUGAGCACGCCCUGUUCUCCUGCUCCGUGGUGGACGUCUUCUCGCAGCUCAACCAGAGCUUUGAGAUCAUCAAGAAGCUUGAGUGUCCAGACCCACAGAUCGUCGGCAACUACAUGAAACGCUUUGCAAAGACGAUAAGCAACGUGCUGCUCUCCUACGGUGACUUCAUCUCCAGGAUCUUCCCCGAUUACUGCAGCAAAGAAAAAUCAGCCAAUCCAUGCAUCCUGAUAAACAACAUUCAGCAGCUACGUGUCCAACUGGAGAAGAUGUUUGAAGCCAUGGGCGGCAAAGAUCUCUGUGUGGAGGCCAGCGACUUUUUGAAAGAUCUUCAAGUGAAACUCAACAACGUCAUGGACGACCUGAGCAGAAUCUUUGCCUCCGGCUUCCAGCCCCACAUCGAGGAGUGUGUGAAGCAGAUGGGCGAUAUCCUGGGCCAGGUGAAGGGGACGGGCAACGUGCCAGCCAGCGCCUGCAGCAGCGUAGCCCAGGACGCAGACAACGUGCUGCAGCCCAUCAUGGAGUUCCUGGACAGCAACCUGACUCUGUUUGCUAAGAUCUGUGAGAAGACGGUGCUGAAGCGCGUGCUGAAGGAGCUGUGGAAGCUGGUCAUGAACACCAUGGAGAAGACCAUCGUGCUGCCGCCACUGACCGACCAGACGGGCAAAAUGAAGCAGGCUUGUCACACCGAUGGCACCCAGCUCAUCUUCAAUGCUGCCAAGGAGCUGGGUCAGCUCUCCAAACUAAAGGAACAUAUGGUGCGUGAGGAGGCCAAGGCUCUGUCUCCCAAGCAGUGUGCUGUCAUUGAGCUGGCCUUGGACACCAUUAAGCAAUACUUCCAUGCCGGAGGCGUGGGUCUGAAGAAGACGUUCCUGGAGAAGAGUCCUGACCUGCUGUCGCUGCACUACGCCCUGUCCCUCUACACGCAGGCCACCGACAAGCUCAUCAGGACCUUCGUGCAGUCGCAGAACACACAAGGCUCUGGUGUAGAGGACUCUGUGGGAGAGGUCUCUAUCGGCGUCGAGGUCUUCACCCAUCCCAGCACUGGAGAGCACAAAGUCACAGUUAAAGUUGUGGCUGCGAAUGAUCUGCGGUGGCAGACCUCUGGGAUCUUCCGGCCCUUCGUUGAAGUCUACAUCAUCGGCCCUCUCCUCAGCGACAAGAAGAGGAAAUACGCCACCAAGUCCAAGAACAACAGCUGGGCUCCCAAAUUUAAUGAAACGUUCACUUUCACCCUGAGCAGUGAGUCGGGCCUGGACUGCUACGAGCUGCACUUCUGCGUGAAGGACUACUGCUUCGCCCGCGAGGACCGCACGGUGGGCAUGUCCGUGCUGCAGCUGAAGGACGUGGCGUCCAGGGGCAGCGUGGCCUGCUGGCUGCCGCUGGGCAAGCGCGUCAGCAUGGACGAGACCGGCCUGACCGUGCUGCGCAUCCUGUCGCAGCGCAACAACGACGACGUGGCCAAGGAGUUCGUCAAGCUCAAGUCCGACCAGCGCUCGGCGGAGGAGGGACGAGGCAGCUAA